AUGUCGCAGGAGGGCCUAGACCCCUCUGGUGCUGAUGGGUACUGCCGGUGGGCUGGAAAUCCCUUAACAGCCUGGGAUUUCAGUCUGGAGCUGGUUGGUCGUGUACGCAAGCUUGCCACGGAGCUGGCGUAUGUGGUCGAUGACGUCGAAGGCCACCUCUCCAAGCGCGACGCGCGCAGCCUUGCCUUGGGCUUGCUGGCCGGGCACCUGUUGCGCUGCUACGCCGCGCUCCUAUCAGAUGCGAUCCAGCCCCUUGCGACACAGCUUCAGGGCCUACAUCAUGGCAAUGCGGCGGGGGAACGCCUCUCACCCAACCGCCGCGUAGUGCAAAUCCUUUCCGAGCUGCUUGGCGAGGCACGAGACGUGGUGUACUUCCUUCGGGAGGUAUACGAGAUGUCUGAACACGUGGAAUCCGAGGUGGAGGACGAGCUGGCGGCCUUCCUGGGAACGGAGCUGCCCUCGAGCGGAUUGUUGGAGUUUUGGUGUAGGGGGGUGCUGCUGCUGGCACGAUGCGAGGGCUACGACCACGAAGCGGAAGGCCUGCUGGAUGCGUUCUUCUCAUCCCUCCAUGCCAUCAGGUACACUGUUUUCACCCCCACCACUCCCAGCACGAGCCCAGCGCUGUCCGCCAACCCCAGCCUGGCCUUCCUCCUGUCCGCGCACAUCACCCAGCUAUGCGCUGCACUGGAUGGCGACGGCGCGUACGGGCUUCCGCAGACAGCGGCGGGCUGGACGGCGCCGCUGCUGCGGCCCCUGCUACCGCCGGGCGGCGGAAGUGCCGCCGGCGUCCGUAGUGACGGUGGAGCCCCAGCGAGCGGUACGGUAAUCCCGCGGUCCCGCCAAGCAUGGCAGAGUCUCGGCGAGACGUCGUCUGCGCUGCACAUGGCGUCUACGGCGCUUUGGGUCUGGUCAUGCACCUUGCAAACCGAGGCGGAAGGACUCCUUUCUACGACGCAACUCAAACCGUUGCUGGAAGGGUUGGCGAACGUGCACAGGGUCACGCAGGACUUUUUGGCGUCGAAAACGGGACCAGGAGCAGCAGCAGCAACCACUCCCGUCGCUGCCGCCGCCGCCGCGCUGACGGCCAGCGUGCCACGGCCAGCGACGCGAUGUUCGCUACGUCGGGCCUGCUGCGACUACGUGCGCUUUAUGGCCCCUGUCCUCCGCUAUUUCGACACCUUCUCCCCGAAUGAAUGUGUCAUUGACGAUCUGAUUGGGCAGCUGCGAGCCGCCACUCAAGAUGUUGAGGUCAAGUGGUUGACCUCGUUGAAGGGCGUUAUGGAAAGUGCGGCUAUCGAGUCCCGUGCGGAGGAGCGCCGAAUGCAGCGGCUAGCGGCGGCAAUGGUCGCACCGCCGCUGGACGCCAUGGCGGUGCUGGACAUUUGCUUGCGGCUGGCGGCGGCCGCUUGGGAGGUCGUCGUCCCACAUCACGCCGCCCUGUUGUGCUCGAAAUCCGCUUGCAGCUUUCUGUCCGGUCUGGCGGUCCGUCUGGAGCUCCCUGCGUGUGCGGGUCAGCAAAUGGCGGGCUGCUGGCGGCACCGGCUGUCGUGGGCGUUGGUCAGGGUGGGCAUGUUUGGGCAAAGUCUGCGUCGUGUGCUGGAGAUGUGGGAGUGGCGGCAGCUGGCGGCUGUGGUGGCCCUGGAUGGGAGCGGUGGCGAUGCUGACUGCCCACCCAAGACGCCCAGUGCCGAUGUGGCGGCUGCCAUCGCCGCGUCGUACGCCCCCGCCCUGGCCGGUCUGCUGCGCUUCGUGUGCAAGACAGAGGACCCCCAGAGCCUGGUCUUCCUUGGGGAGGUGCUGCCGAAGAAGACCACGCGGACGGGGUGGCACCAGCUGCUGGCGUUUACGCCGCUGCCUGACGUCAUCACGUUGUUGGACUUCAUCGCGGAUGAGGUACGGCAGGCGGCUGUGAACAUCGGCGACGCCGUCGACGUAGGGUGUCGCCAAGGGAUGAAUCCGGCACCAACGGAGCCGACACCGUCAUCCACUCGGGUGAACAGAGCAGGGCGGUUUAUCGCGUGCGCUGACGGGCUCCUGCUCUGUAGCGAGAAGAGUAACGGCCUGGUCCAUGUCCGCAAGGCGCAGCUGGCUGAGGGCUGUGCGACAGAGGUUGUAGCUGCAGCGCAAGAGACGGCUACGGGCCCGGCAGCGGAGGCUGCACAAGCAGAGAACAGUCGCUUGCGGUUAGCCAGGGAAGCUGCUGCUGCGAGCCAUGCUGCCAUCCCUGCCACCGCCACCGCCGCCGCCGCUAUCCAAGCUGAUGGCGAUGCCGCUGCCGCCAGCCAUGUUGCCGUCCCUGUCACCGCUACUGCCAGCGAAGCUGAUGGUGGUGCCAGCGUCCCCGCCAGCCAUGCUGCUGUCGCCGCCACCGCCGCCGCCGCCACCGCCGCCUCUAGCCAAGCUGAUGGUGGUGCCAGCGUCCCCGCCAGCCAUGCUGCUGUCGCCGCCACCGCCGCCGCCGCCACCGCCGCCUCUAGCCAAGCUGAUGGUGGUGCCAGCGUCCCCGCCAGCCAUGCUGCUGUCGCCGCCACCGCCGCCGCCGCCACCGCCGCCUCUGGCCAAGCUGAUGGUGGUGCCAGCGUCCCCGCCAGCCAAGCCGCUGUCGCCGCCACCGCGGCCAGAAACACUGACGGCGAUGCGGAGCUGGGUGUUGCUAUUCUUCGCGACAACGGUAGUUGCAAGGACGUCAGCACGUCCACGGCGGGCCUCCCAGCGUCGACUUCACCGAGCGCGGCUGCUGCCGGCGACCUCGGCAAACGAGGAGCGGACCCUGUCCUAUCGUACAUCGCCGUGCGUGUUCUCCCAGCAUACGUCAAGCUGUUCCGUGCGGCAACCAAAUAUUCGGUCCGGCCGAAUGACUCUAAGCCGAGGUUGUUGUUUUUGCCUGCGGAGGUGGUGCCGCUGCUGCACUGGAUCCCGGUCCUCGCCUUUAUGGCAAGUGCCUGCGUUGGGGAAGUCGUGCCUGGCGGCGGUGCCGAUAGCGGUAGCGGAGCGGCUACUGAGGUGGACGUAACGGCUACUGAGGUGGAUGUAACGGCUGGAGAGGUGGAUGUAACGGCUACUGAGGUGGCUACCGUCAAAGCUAGGCAGGCCGCAGAGGCGGUGGUGUUGCGCUUUGGGGUCGAUAGCUGGGAGGACUUCCUGUUGAAUAGUAUUGACGUCUUUGGGUUGCUGCGCGACCUGAUGGCAUGGCUUCGUGCCAAGUCCCAGGGCCAGGCAGGCAAGCGUGUGACCCCAGCAGGCGUGGGGUUACUGCUCUACGAGUCUGUUCUCGCGCUGGCGGUUAUGCUGCCGCGCCGCAUGGCAGCCGCUCUGCAAGCCGGACAGCCCGUAAUCGACCUAUGCGGCGACGACGACGGCGACGUGGCGGCUAGCAGUAGCAGCAACAAGUGCUCUGCUGGGGCGGUUGGGGAUGGCGGCAACAGCGUGCAGGUGCCUGGCUGCGGGUCGUCACUUUGGGAGGGCUUGGAGUGGUGUUUCGGUCCCGACGGAUUGCAUCCGAGGCCGGAUCUGAUAGUGCUGCUCCACACGCUUCGUGCGUGUGAGGAUUGGUGGCGGGUGCCAGCUGGUGAUAGCUCCUCCAACACACAGCCGAGCUCCGAGCCAGGUGGUGACGGCGAUGUUCCCAUGCGCGUCGCGACCUCUCACUCCGGCAGUGGGUCCUCCGCUGAGACUGCUGAAGCUGCGCUUUCGUCCUCCCAAGGCGCAGUAACACGGGCAACGGCAGUAGCAGAGCCUGCACCAUCAGCAACACCACUACUGCCAGCAUCACCAUCUGUUGCGCCGGCCGGCGCAUCGGCUGUGCUGCCGCCGCGGUGCCACGAGGUUAGGCGCCAACAGGAGCAGCAAACGCAACAGCAGCAGGAGGAACAGCAGCAAUGUCCGGCUCCUGUUGAGCCGGGGCGGCGGCAUUACGACUGGCUUGAUGUAGCCAUGGAGACGCGGUUGGUGGAGGUCUCCCAGCUGAGGUCCUGGCUGGAGAACGGCCUGCUACUGCCGCCCAGUCCCGCGGAGCUGCUGAGGAUACGACGGAGCUCGGAGGGUAGCUUUGCUGCCGGCCCUGUGGGCCGCCUGGAAGAGAACUGGACUGCGCAGGGUGGUUGUGCGGGUGGAUGCGAGGGGCAGUGGUGCGGCGUCACGACCGGGGAUCUAGGGGAUCCACUGCUAAGCGGCUUGCCACCGAUGCCAAGCACUCGGCAGCAGCUGCCCCCGGCGGCUGGACAUAGACUUGUUGGGGACCCCCAGGGUGGCAGAUCACUGGGACGGACACACGCACACACAGACGCGCACAUGGGUCUGAGAGAGCGAUGGAGUGGUGGUUACAUGCUUGUAGUCGUACAUCACGGGGGGGCUGCUGAAGUGGGGGAUAUCGUCACUUUAAGCUGUAAGCAUUUGGAAUGCAGUUUGGUAAAUCAUUCCGCAACAGCGGCGCCUAGAUCCAGACGUAUCGGCGGAUAG